UUUCUGAUGUCACCUAUCUAUUCUGUCAUUAUUGAAUUCUGACUGAUGUGCAUUUUGUACGGCAAAAUUAUCUAAAAAAACCUAUAAAACAUCUUGAUUUUUGCUUAUCCUAGCAAAAAUGGAGCUGAACGACGUGAUAGUGAACCAGCCAGUGGUUAUAGACAAUGGCUCUGGAGUGAUCAAAGCCGGCUUCGCUGGCGAUCAGAUCCCAAAAUGCAGGUUUCCCAACUACAUCGGGCGCCCCAAACACAUCAGAGUGAUGGCUGGUGCAUUAGAAGGCGAGUUGUUCGUUGGCCCGCGCGCUGAGGAGCACCGGGGCUUGCUUAGCAUUAAGUAUCCGAUGGAGCACGGAAUUGUUACGGAUUGGAACGACAUGGAGCGUGUGUGGAACUAUAUUUAUAGCAAAGACCAAUUGUCAACGUUCUCGGAGGAGCAUCCAGUGCUGCUGACGGAAGCGCCACUGAACCCUCGUAGGAACAGAGAGAAGGCAGCGGAGGUGUUCUUCGAGACUUUCAAUGUACCAGCCCUGUUUCUCUCCAUGCAGGCUGUGCUUAGUUUGUACGCGACCGGUCGCACCACAGGCGUGGUGCUAGAUUCGGGAGACGGUGUGACGCACGCGGUGCCAAUUUACGAGGGCUUCGCUAUGCCGCACAGUAUUAUGCGGGUAGACGUCGCUGGGAGAGACGUCACUAGGUAUCUGAGACUUCUUCUCCGCAAAGAAGGCGUAAACCUCCGCACGUCAGCGGAACUAGAAAUCGUGAAGGCCAUCAAGGAGCGCGCCUGUUACCUCUCUCCAAACCCGCUCAAGGAAGAAACUUUGGAGACGGAGCGGGCCCAGUACACGUUACCCGACGGGACACAGCUAGAGAUUGGACAAGCGAGGUUUAGGGCGCCAGAGGUAUUGUUCCGGCCAGACCUCAUUGGGGAGGAGUGUGAAGGCCUCCACGAAGUCCUUAUGUUCGCAAUCCAGAAGUCGGACAUGGAUCUCCGCAAGGUUCUCUACCAGAACAUAGUCCUGAGCGGUGGCUCGACGUUAUUCCGAGGGUUCGGGGACCGCCUGCUAGCGGAGAUAAGGCGGCUGGCGCCCAAGGACAUGAAGAUUAGGGUGAGGCCUUUGAGUGUGUAGGUGUGGAGUCAUGCAGGGCACUAU